AUGCGAGGGAGCUUCGCUGGACUUGAAGAAGAAUGGGGUGAGGAGGAUGUUGGCGAAAACAAAGGGAGGAGGCACGUCAGGGAGGGAGAAGAAGCUCCGGUGAGCCUUGCUGGAGACGGGUGCCAGCAAUGGCUAGAGACAUCAUGCAUUGGACAUGAUAAUGGCGUUGAGGUAGGAAUGGGUAACCCAUCAAGUGCUGCAUCUGCCUCAGUAACAAAUGCACCAACACCACAAGCUGCUGUCAACUCAGAUGACCCUGCAUGGGCUCAUUGUAUUUGCCCAGAUUUAACUAAGAAGCAUUGGCUGAAGUGCAAGUAUUGUGACAAGCUAUGCACUGCUGGGAUUACAAGAAUUAAGUACCAUCUUGCUGGCAUUAAAGGAUUCAAUGUUAAAAAGUGCUUGAAAGUUCCAACUCCGGUGAAGGAAGAGAUGUUUGCUUUGCUCACAAGGAAGACAGAAGAAAAGGAUCAGAAAGCUAAGGAAAAGCAAAGGGACAGAGACGAAAUUGACAUAGAUAACUCAGAAGAUGAAAGUUGUGGUGAAGAAGAUUCUAAUCAUGGAAAUGAAGUCCUUGUGGUGAAGCCAAAGCCAACAAAAGGAUCCAGUAGCUCCAGAUCUGUGGCAGGUGGUGUCACUAUUGACAAAUUCUACAAGCCUCAUUCUAUAGAAGAGUCUGUUCAGAUGAUGCAUAAAGGAAUUAAGCUCAGCAAUAAGGUUCAAACAACAUUGACAACUCAAAAAAGAGAAGAGAGAAGGGAUAGAGCUUGUGAGUACAUAUGCCAGUUUUUCUAUGAAGCUAGCAUUGCACACAACACUGUCACCCUUCCUAGCUUUGCCCACAUGCUUGAGGCCAUUGGGCAAUUUGGCAGAGGUUUGAGAGGGCCUAAUCCUUAUGAGAUGAGUGGACCAUUCUUGCAGAAAAGGAAGCAAAAGGUAUUGGAUGGUUUCAAGAACCACAAGGAAUCAUGGGAGCUCACAGGAUGUACAGUUAUGACAGAUGCAUGGACAGAUAGGAAGGGCAAGGGAGUAAUGAAUUUAGUUGUACACAGUGCUCAUGGGGUUUGCUUCUUGGAUUCAGUGGACUGCUCAAGUGAGAAGAAAGAUGGCAGAUACAUAUUUGACCUUGUGGACAGAUGCAUAGCAGAGAUUGGGGAGGAAAAUGUUGUCCAAGUGGUGACUGAUAAUGCCAGUGUCAAUACAACAGCAGCAAGCUUAUUGAUAGCAAAGAGACCCUCAAUAUUUUGGAAUGGAUGUGCUGCUCACUGCCUAGAUCUCAUGUUAGAGGACCUUGGAAAGCUUGGACCAGUGGAGCAAACUAUUGCUAGUGCAAGACAAGUGACUGUGUUCUUGUAUGCUCAUACAAGGGUGUUGGAUUUGAUGAGGAAAUUUCUUAAGAAAGACUUGGUUCGCUCUGGGGUUACUCGAUUUGCCACUGCUUACUUGAAUCUGAAAAGCUUGCUAGACAACAAGAAAGAAUUGACAAGGUUGUUCAGAUCAGAUGAGCUCAAUGACUUGGGUUACUUGAAGAAGGCCAAGGGGAAGAAAGCCAACAAAGUGGUGAGAUCUGAAGGAUUUUGGAAAAAUGUUGAUAUAGCUGUUAAUUUCUUUGAACCAUUGGCUAACGUGCUGAGAAGAAUGGACAGUGAUAUACUAGCAAUGGGAUUCUUCCAUGGAUUAAUGCUUGAGGCAAAGAAAGAAAUUUCUGAGAGGUUUGACAAUGAUGAGAGUCGCUUCAAAGUUGCUUGGGAUAUCAUCGAUAAAAGGUGGGACAGCAAGCUCAAGACUCCACUACACUUAGCUAGUUACUAUUUGAAUCCUUACUUUUAUUACCUAAAGAAGUCAAAGAUUGAGCAUGAUGGAUCCUUUAGAGCUGGUGUGAUUGCAUGCAUUACAAAGAUGGUUGAGGAUGAAGAAACCCAGGACAAUAUAAUUGAAGAACUCAACACGUAUCAGGAUCAGCAAGGGACAUUUGGACAUGAAAUUGCCAUAAGGCAGAGGAGAAACAAGAAUUUUAAUCCAGCAAAGUGGUGGCUAAACCAUGGCACAAGCACACCAAAUCUGAGGAAAUUGGCAUCAAGAAUUCCGAAUUUGACCUGCAGCUCCUCAGCCUGUGAGAGGAAUUGGUCUGUAUUUGAACAGGUUCAUACAAAGAAGCGCAACAAACUACUUCAUGAUAGGAUGAGAGAUCUUGUGUUUGUGAAAUUUAACUCCAAACUAAGGAACAAGAGGGAGAGCAAAGACAGAGAUCCUUUACAGAGGGAAGUAGAUAAUGUCAUGGGUGAUGACGAAAAUGAGUUCAUUACUGGUAUUGUAGCUUUACCAAAUGAGCUUGCUGAACAAUCGUCAGAAGAUGGACCAUCACAGGGAGAAUCAACAUCACAAGCACAAGUACAAGCAAAAAGAAAGAGGCCUGUGCACCCUAGGAAGAAGAAACAGAAAAUUAGGAGCCUGCAGUCUUUGUUGCAUGAUAAUUCAGUGCAGCAGUCCUCAUCCGACUCAGAAGAUGGUGAUGGCGACGUUUCAAUGCAAUCCUCUGAUUCUGAUAAGUCUCCUUGUGCCUCUGAUUCUGACUGA